GUGGGAAGGACUCCAGGGAUUAGGCUAUAGCUCGGAGGACUGGAAGUGCCACCCCGUGUGCCUGAGGAGCUCGCAAGAGCAUCCCUCCCUCCCAAGAACACUCUCUUGCCCCAUUCUGACUCGGCAACAUCUCUCUUCCAGCUUCACCGGCCCUCCUGUACUUUUAACCUGGGAGAUCCAUACUGUCGCCUCUUGAGCACGGAGUACAACUGCCUGCACGACCCACAUCUGGAGGCGUACCACAGGCGCAGUCAUAACUUUAGGAGCCUGAAGAGGGCCGGUUAUGUCACCAGCGAUGGCAAAGUAGGUUUUGACAUCGUCAGGUUGAUCAAACCGGUUCCCCCCAAGUGGUCUUCCCCGAGCAAAGAGGGAGUGGGUUCAGAGGGGGCACCUUCUCGCCCACCAGGUUCGGGCUGCUUCGGGGAGGCGCUCUGCGUAGCUGGCUUGAGAGUGCAUGGCUGAUUUCUCCUCUCGUUGCUCCCUAGGUGAUUUGCAAUCUCAAAGAGUUCAAUGAAUACAGGCAAUAUCUGAGCACUCUCAAGCUGGAGGCAAAGAAAAUGUCCAGGCAAGCAGAGGGAAGGCUUCAGCAGCACCUGCCCGAAUUAAAGGAUGCCCCCAAGGUGCCGGGAGCUGUGGACACUUCUCGCCUGGCAGAGCGGCUGCUGCAGCCUCGAAAAACAUCUUGCCCACCUCAACCCAGGAGCAGAAAAGUCUCCCUGAGAUCACGGCGCCAAACGUGCUCCCAACCUGAGCAGGGAGAGGAAGGUGCCAAGCCGCCCCGGAGGCUCAGUAGUGACGCUGACUCCGAGAGGAUUCCGCCAGGCAUCCUUGCAAAUGGUGUGUUCGAAGCUGCAUUUGAACAGCAAACUGCAGGAGGAGCCCAGAAGCUUGAAGAGCUGUCUGAGACUGCAGUGCAGCAAGUGUUGGAGACGGUGAAUCUCCCUAAGAGAGAGCCACAGCCAUCCCAGACGCCUUUCUCAAGGCUGCACCUGGAAGAAGGAGAAGGAUUCCCCGGAGCAUCUGAACAGCAGAGCCUGGAAGCCAGCAAGGGAGCAAAGUUGCCUGUGUUACCACCGCUGCCAAAUGCAGCCGCUGCUGAAGUCUCGCAACUCUGCCACACGAUUGUCAGGGAAAGCAUCCAACGUGCCAUCUCGAGAGUUCAGCAGCGCCAUGCAGAGCGGACUGGCUAUGGUAGAACCGUUGUCCCUGAGGUGCUUGGAACGGGGAAAAAGAAAUUAGAAAUGAAGCCAAUGCCAACAGCCUUAGCCACAUCUUUGGCUCCAAGGACCAUACCUGAUGACAGCGUUGACACUGUAUUAGUGUGGACGUGUGCACCUGGGCCUGCACUGACACUGAAAUUGAAUUUUGGAAGGCCUGUCGCAACCCCCUGGCUCCAACGAGAUGGAAAGGAGAGCUAUCCCGCUGAGGACGCCCUUCCCUCCUUGGGCCCACCCUUUCCCAGGCAGCCCGUCCCUCUGGCGGCUCUGAAGCCCCCUGUCCAGACAGGAGCACGGCACAGAUUGGUGAACAUUGAGCUCGUCCAAGGCAAGCCCCAGCAGCCCAUGUACAAACGAGGGCGUUAGUUGGGAGACUUGCGGACAAUGGCCUCAGCAGGUGUGUGGCCAAGAGAGCUGGAGAGCCCCUGGGCAACUCCAGCAGGCAGCAAAGACGGACCUUACAGCCUUGUGCUUCCAAUAAAGAGUUGACUCCCGAGUGCUCGCCUUGUGCCUAUGUCGUGGUUUGAGCCUGGUCGGCAGCGAAACACCACGCAGUCACUCGCCUACCCACCCCCACUUGGGAAUGGGGAGGGAAUUGGAGGGGCAAAGGGAGAAUCGCGGUUGAGAUAAAAACUGCUUAAUAAGCGGAAUUGUAAUAAAAUAAUAUGGUGACAGUAGAAACGGGUAAUGUGCAAUGCAAUUAAUUGUUCAUCACCCGCCGACCGACACCCUGCCCCUUCCCGGCUAGCGAUCCCGAAACACAAAGAUGCCACAGGAGCCAUCCCAGAAAGGAGAGCGUGCACCUUCCCGCCCAUUCCUUCCUUUAUAGGGUGAGCAUAACGUCACAUGACAUGGAGUAUCGGCCAGUCCGGGCCCAGGGCUCCAGCUGUGUUCCCUCCCUGCUUCUUGCGUGCCUGCACACAGGCGGGGCACGCGGAGCUGGAGAGUCCCUGAACUCUCAGUGUGCCACCAGCACUCCUCCAGCUACCAAAACCAAACAGGAACUCUAUUCCAGCCCGAACCAGGACAGCCUACCUUCAUUCAAGCCAGGCCGUCCCGUGGCCUCCUCAAGGCCUCUCUCAAGGCCUUUCCA